AUGAUGUCUCGUAAAUUAUCAUCUCGUUUACUACUAACGAAACAACAACUAACAACAACAACUACACCAACAAUAAUUAAUACUAAUAAUGAAAGACAGUCAAAAAUUGUACGUUGGAUAUGUGGAAUGAUUAUUGGUUCAGCACCUUUCUUGAUAAUUCUUUUUAGUUGGAUGUUUGUAUCAAUAUGUGUUAAUAAUUUCGUUAGACUUUAUCAAUAUAGAAAAAAACGAUAUCGACGUGCAACACAAACGAAUGAAAUUGAAAAUAUUAUAUCUAAGACUGAUAUUUAA